CUCCACGUGUGACUUCUCUCAGUGAGGAAUCUACUAGCUCGAUGCUGUCGCAACAAAUCGUUGGAGGCGAGCGACCAAGUCCAACGUCCUCGAAUGACUCUACGAUGGAAUCGACGCCUGUGCUGCUGCCAUCCUAUGCCUACAGUUCGUCGCCGACAUUUGGAAUUGGGGUAGUUGUUGGAGAUAGUGUAGUGCCUGAAGCACAAGUUGAAGGUGUUCGUGGGUCCAACAUGAUAACAGCUGCAUCCCCAUCUUCUCCGCAAUCAUCUAAAGAAGGUGCACGAGUACCAAGUACUGCUGUGAAAGCGGACGAUGCCAAAGUAGUAACAAGCCUUGCACAGUCGAAAACGCCGAAAAGUCACCAAGAAGAUUCACCUGGUUCCUCCAACGAAAGCGAUUCUCUCUUUUUCCUGCACAUCUACCGCUCUGGGGAUGAGAUUAACAAGCGAGAUGAAGAAGAAAAGGUUCCAGAGGGUGUUGAGCACCAUACAAACAUAUCACUUCGCGAUGUAGAAGCUCGCGAGGUGCAUACCGAGGACUACCAAAACGCAGUACAACAUCCUCUGAACGACGUACUUGAGGACCUCGAAGAGCCUCCCCAAGAGAAGUUACAUCGACCGUUCGUAGUUGAAAAAGCUGUCGUUUACGGUGUCUUCCCAGUGAGUGGUCUCAUAGCAGCUGUGGUGCUUUACAGCACCAUUAUGUCCCGGUACAUGGAGGAAGGUGAAAUCGCGUCUUUGGUCGGCUUCUUUCUGGGUGUCGGCAUCGGACUGAUCGUUCCGCUUGUGCCAAAGCUAUUCCGAUUGCUUGGCUGGAAUAAGUGUUGCAGUCGUGCUGGUCGAGGGGACUGCGAUAAAGAGAAGGAAGGGGAGGAGGAGGAGAACAUACGUGGCAAGAUUGACGAUGAAGAUUUGUUGAGCUUCAAGGCGGCAGAUGUUGAAAGGCAGACCGAUGAAAUCACAGGGGUUGAACGGCAUGAAAAGGAAGCUAGUCAUCUCAAUCUUGAUGCUUUGGAAGCGGACGAUGGGUUCUUGUCCUAUCGAAGGUUGUAGUUGUAGUUCUUGUUUGCGUCCCCAUCUGGCACUGGUGCAUUGAUUCAUAUUGUGUUCUUUUUAUCCAAGUGAACUUAGCAUCAUGAAGAUGAUACAAUUACAAUGUUCAUCUGCAUCAUGAUGAACUACAACCAAUCUAAGUCGUCUACUUAGCACUUAUCUGGUCGCGCCUGCGAAUCAGGCGUCAGAUCAUCCAUCAUCCCUCGAUACAUGACCAAAAUCAUACAGAGUUCAUUGAGUUGCCAUGGGGUAUCCUCUUUGUCUUCUACAUAAAAUGCAUCCAUACUACAUCCUUGAUCCAUUUCGGGUUCAUGGACUUUCUCAUUGUUUUUCAUCUUCACUCUUUGUCUACAUAUCCUUUCCCGUUCUUUUUCUCAGUUAAAUCCAACUAUCUCUAAUCUAGUCACCACUCUAGGCGAUUGGGCAUCCUGCUAAAAAUGAUCAAGAUCCCAGACCCAGUUUGUUCGAGUGGUUAUCCAAAUCUAGCGAUCUUUUUUAAAGAAGGACAGUGGUGGAUAUAGAAAUAGGUCCUUCGGACGCAGUGGAAGUGGUGGAUAUAGAAAUAGGUCCUUCGGACGAAACGAGAUGAACCCAUGUAAUCAUCGUGCGGCGUCGCCCAUGCUGCCGGG